AUGCCUCCUUUCCCUUCCUUCACAGAUACUUGGCAUACCUCUAGCUAUAGUAGGAUUCUACCUACACGCCCUGAGCUCACUACGGCGAAUAAGGUCGUGGUCAUAACUGGCGGUGGAACAGGUAUAGGCGCAGGCAUAGCCCACGCCUUCGCUGCCUCGGGGUGUACCAGGAUCGCACUCAUCGGACGUCGCCUGGAGAUCCUCGCACAGACAGGAAAUACUAUCACGCGAGAAUUUCCUCAAAUUGAGGUGCUCCCAUGCAGCGCUGAUGUUACUAAUAAGAGCCAAGUCGACGCCGCCUUCAACUUAAUUGCAAACAAAUUAGGGCCCAUUGAUAUACUCAUCAAUAAUGCCGGCUACAUUUCGACAGGCACCGUUAGCGAUAUGGACCCCGACGACUCGUGGACUGCAUUUGAGAUUCAUGUUAAGGGCAGCAUUCACGUCUCCCAGGCAUUUACCCGUACAAAAAAUGCGACUGAAUCGUUUGUAGUCGAGACGUCUUCUAUCGUAAUUGCCGUUCCACCAUGGCCGUUCGCUGCGGCUUAUACCGCUAGCAAGUUGGCGGCAACCAAAUUAUGGGACUUCUUUCGCGUAGAGAAUCCUUCCACGCGUGUCAUCAGCAUACAACCUGGUCAGAUAAUGACUGAUAUGGCAACGAAAAUGGGUAUGGAAUUCGAGGAUCCUGAUGAUGUUGACCUCCCUAGCCACUUUGUGGUUUGGCUUGUGGGCCCCGACGCCAGAUUCCUGAAUGGUACUUUUGUAUGUGCCAAUUGGGAUGUCGAAGAAUUGAUAGCUCGUAAGGACGAAUACGAGAGGACCGACCUGGGGACCAUUAAGCUAGAAGGAUUCCCAUGCUUCAAAGGAGCGGCAUCAUGA